GUGACGUCAGCAGGUCCUUUCCGGGUAUAGUAUUUAGCCAUAACCGUGAAUUAACGUGGAGAGCCGGGAGGCGAUCAGAAGAUCGAGCAUCCGUCCUGGAGCGCCCCUGCUGCUGACACGUCACAUUCCGCCGCCAUCAUGAUUAAAGCCAUCCUCAUCUUCAAUAACCACGGCAAGCCGCGGCUGUGCAAGUUCUACCAGCACUACAGUGAAGAUAUACAACAGCAGAUUAUCAGAGAAACAUUCCAUCUCGUGUCUAAAAGAGAUGAGAACGUCUGCAACUUCUUAGAAGGAGGAUUGUUAAUAGGAGGAUCUGACAACAAGCUCAUAUAUCGACACUAUGCAACACUGUACUUCGUCUUCUGUGUGGAUUCCUCGGAGAGUGAACUUGGAAUUUUAGAUCUCAUACAGGUGUUUGUGGAAACCCUGGACAAGUGCUUUGAAAACGUCUGUGAAUUGGAUUUAAUUUUCCAUGUAGAUAAGGUGCACAACAUACUUGCAGAAAUGGUGAUGGGAGGUAUGGUUCUAGAAACCAAUAUGAAUGAAAUUGUAACUCAGAUCGACGCUCAGACAAAAUUGGAAAAAUCAGAGGCGGGAUUUGCAGGUGCUCCAGCACGGGCAGUGUCUGCUGUAAAGAAUAUGAACCUCCCAGAGAUGCCAAGAAACAUUAAUAUUGGUGACAUCAGUAUAAAAGUACCAAACUUGCCUUCUUUUAAAUAGCAUUCCUUUGUACUUUUUUUUUUUCAAGCUGAGAUAUGUUUACCAAAAGAAAAUACAUCUAAGUGAAGGAACUGCUAGGGUUGGAUGUGAAUGUUGCCCUUUACUUAAGAUUGCUAGCAGAGCAAGCUACUGGCUGCAAUGUGUUUCAAAACGGUGUAACACCUUUAAGGCAUGUUUGUGUGUCUUGGCCGCUGCCAUGUUCAGAGAAAGUGUUAACAAAAAAAAAAGUACAGAAAAAAAUGACUUUGUUAAAUUUCCAGUGUUGCUAUGUUUUGUAUCCUCUUACAGUACAUGAUUUCUAUUAUUCUAGGAUGAAUCAUAUCUGCAUCAUUCCUGUAUGUUCCUCGGUUGUUGGAUAGAUUAUUUAUGCCCAUAUUUAGAAUGAAUGGAUUUGUUACAAAUACCAUUUUUCAGUGCAUUUCAAAGUAAUUGGCUCUUUGUUUAUUGUGUCAGGGGGAAAGUGUCUAAUUCUAAUGUUUAUCAUUGUUGGGGGGGGGGGGGGUUGUUUUUUUCCGAUUUUGGCUGAAUAAAAAUUAACUAUUUUAACACUGUAA